ACAAUCCUUUCUUCCCCAAAGAAUGACUGAUAAAUUAGCUCUAUCAAAUUUCUUCCCCAUGGCUACCACUGUUUCUCCCUCGCAAAAUCUCCUUCCAAUUUCUUCACUUUCCAUUCACAGAAGAAUCGUAUCCAAGCAAUCUCCUUUCGCCGAGAAUGGUAACAAGAGAAGAACAACAAUCCCCAAAACAAUCACAAACGAAGACGAUUACCACGCCACUCUCAAAGCUUUAAAUUCCAGAGGUCGUUUCCCUCGCAAAUCUCUAGGACAGCAUUACAUGUUGAAUUCGUCGGUCAAUGAACAGUUGGCUGCAGCUGCUUGUGUUAAAGAAGGUGAUUUUGUUCUUGAAAUUGGACCGGGAACUGGUUCUUUAACUAAUGUUCUAGUUAAUGCUGGUGCAAGUGUUCUCGCAAUUGAGAAGGAUCCUCAUAUGGCUGCACUGAUUAGAGAAAGAUUUGAAAUUGCAAACUGUGUAAAGGUUUUGCAAGAAGAUUUUACUAAAUGUCAUAUUCGAUCCCAUAUGACUUCAUUUUUGGAAUGUGAAAACUCGUCUGAUGAGGAAACUCAGUAUGCUAAAGUUGUUGCCAACAUACCUUUCAAUAUAAGCACAGAUGUAGUCAAACAAUUACUUCCAAUGGGUGAUAUCUUCUCUGAAGUGGUUCUCUUACUUCAGGACGAAACAGCUUCACGCAUGGUUGAACCUUCUUUGAAUAACUCUGAAUAUCGACCUAUCAAUAUAUUCAUCAAUUUUUAUUCAGAUCCUGAAUUCAAGUUGAAGGUUCCCAGAACAAAUUUUUUCCCUCAACCAAAUGUUGAUGCAGCAAUUGUAGCAUUUAAGCUGAAGAAAACUGCUGAUUAUCCACAAGUUCUAUCUGUCAAAAGCUUCUUUUCCACUGUCAAUUCAGCAUUCAAUGGCAAAAGGAAGAUGUUAAGAAGAUCACUCCAACACAUAUCCACGCCUAUUGAGAUCGAAGCUGCGUUAGAAACUCUCGGUCUUCCACAUACAUCUAGGCCAGAGGAACUCACAUUAGAUGAUUUUGUGAGGUUGCACAAUUUGAUUACAAAACCAUAAAUUUCUCGUAAACAUAAAAAAAAAAAGUCUAUAAGCUGGGCAGAUAGAAUGCUUAACCGGGACAUGAUGAUCUGUUUCAUUGUUGCAUCAAUCUCCUUCAACUGAUACAUUAUCCAGAAGAGCUUCAUUGAACAAAGACUAUCAAAGGUUCAAAACAACAUUUAUAAUGCAUUAUCAAGAAGAGCAUUCAGUUUCCUGCCAAAGAUUCGACCCGAGGGAUGUUUUCCCAUCGACCCAUCAGUAUUACCCUCAACAACAGAUGUGGCCAAGAUUUGUAGCUUUUGUUAUUAUACUUUGCAAUAAUGUGAUAUGAACUUUUGAUAUUGAUUUAGAUGAGAUAAUGUUCUAUAACAUAGUUUAAUUAUGUUGAUUUAGAUAUAUAUUUAUAAAUUUGUU